AUGGCAACCACGACUCCUUCUACGCCCGUUGCAACGCCAAAGAAGCGUCACUGGGGUGACAUUGCCACCGUGACUCUGGUCGUCGGCGAAGCCGAAACUACAUUCCAGGUCCAUGAGGCAGAGCUAUUUGAGGCUUCACCAGUCUUCAAGGCCGCUUUCAAUUCGGACUUUAGAGAAAGCUCGGAGCGCAAGAUGAACCUCCCGGAAGAUGACCCUGAUAUCUUCAACCUCAUGGUUGAAUGGCUUUAUAGUCACCGCUACGAUAUUCUGCAACCAACUGGGGAUAAAAUCAGGGACGAAACAAGGUUUAUGGAACCUAUGCGAUUGUACGUUCUUGCCGACAAGUACGGCAUGACCAGCUUGAAGGGUUGCAUUGCCAAUAUCAUCUUCAAGACCUUGAAGCCCGGCAACGUGACGGGACCCAGCAUUGAAACAAUCGCCUAUGCAUACCAAAAUGUUCCCCAGACUUCAGGCAUCCGAAGAUUGUUGGCAGAUCUUUACGCCUGCAACAUCAACUUUGACUGGUACAAGUCGCCAAUAGCCAAGCCGUUGCUUCAGAAGUACCCCGAAUUCGCAACCGACAUCAUCUUGAGUUUUGCUCGGCACACUUCGAGGGAGGGCAUAAAAAACCCAUUCAAGGGUGAGAUGCCCGAGGCGUACAAAGAGUGA